UCCUUUAUUUUCCAUUACAGUUAAUCACCACCAACUUGCGGGUCUUCACUCUUCCAGUCUUUCUCAUUUCUAAUCAACGCCAACUGUAUAUAUAUCAUACCCGCCUCUUCACAAAUCUACUCUUCUCGAUUUCAAACUCCAAAUCAAUGGCAUUCUCUCUCAAUUCUUCUCGCACUCUUCGUUCCGUUCGCUCUUCCAUUCACGCAGCGCUUCUUUCGUCUUCUUCCGCAUUUCAACAAGGGUUUUCGGCAAUUUUUCGAAGCUAUGGCGGUUUUGAAUCGUCGGAAAACUGUGUAUUGCAGCCUCAAGAUGGAGAGAUUUCUACGCUUCGUCAACAGUUCGAAGCUGCUAAACAUAGUUUUCUCAAGAUUCCUAAUGCUCUCAAAGAAAUGCCGAAGAUGAAUCCGGAAGGCAUAUAUGUGAAUAAGAACUUGAGAUUGGACAGAUUGCAAGUUUAUGGUUUCGAUUACGAUUACACAUUGGCACAUUACUCGGAUCAUUUGCAGACUUUGAUAUAUGACCUUGCUAAGGAGUAUAUGGUUAAUGAGCUUAGGUAUCCGGACGUUUGUAUGAGUUUUACCUACGAUCCAACUUUCCCUAUUAGAGGACUAUACUAUGAUAAGUCGAAAGGGUGUCUCAUGAAGCUGGAUUUCUUUGGUUCAAUUGAGCCUGAUGGAUGCUACUUUGGUAGACGCAGGUUAAGCCAAAGCGAAAUACGGGAUGUAUAUGGCACGCGGCACAUUGGUCGUGAUCACGCUCGAUCACUGGUUGGUUUGAUGGAUUUCUUCUGCUUCAGUGAGGCAUGCCUCCUUGCUGAUAUAGUGCAGUACUUCGUGGAUGCUAAGCUAGAAUUUGAUGCUUCCUACAUUUAUAAAGAUGUUAUUUGUGCAAUUGAUCAUGUUCACAGAAGUGGCCUGGUUCAUAGAGGAAUUCUCUCGGAUCCGCACAAAUACUUGGUGAAAAAUGGAAAGAUUUUAAGUUUUCUCAAGAAGCUAAAGGAGAAGGGAAAGAAGCUUUUCUUGUUGACUAAUUCUCCUUAUUACUUUGUCGAUGGUGGGAUGCGUUUUAUGUUAGAGGAUUCUAUGGAUUGUAGAGACUCCUGGAGAGAGCUGUUUGAUGUUGUGAUUGCCCAGGCCAACAAACCACAAUUUUAUACAUCUGAGCAUCCAUUCCGUUGUUAUGACACCAAGACGGACAAUUUAACUUUUACCAAGGUUGAUAAAUUUCUUCCAAAUAAAAUUUACUAUCAUGGAUGCCUCAAAUCCUUUCUCCAAAUAACCAAGUGGAAAGGCCCAGAGGUUAUAUAUUUUGGAGAUCAUCUUUUUAGUGACUUGAGAGGGCCCUCAAAGGCAGGCUGGCGCACAGCCGCAAUCAUUCAUGAAUUAGAGAAUGAAAUACAAAAGCAAAAUGAAGAUACAUACCGCACUGAGCAGGCAAAGUUUCAUAUAAUACAGGAGCUACUAGGUAAAUUGCAUGCAACUGAAGCUAAUAGUGUGAGAACUGAAGCUUGCAAGUCACUUCUGAAAGAACUUAAUGAGGAAAGACAAAAAGCACGUAUGAAGAUGAAGAUGAUGUUUAACAAAUCUUUUGGAGCAACAUUCCUCACUAGCACAGGACAAGAAUCUGCUUUUGCUUAUAACAUUCAUCAGUAUGCAGAUGUUUAUACCAGUAAGCCAGAGAAUUUUCUUCUUCAUUCACCUGAAGCAUGGCUUCAUGUUCCAUUUGAUGUCAAGAUUAUGCCUCAUCAUGUGAAGGUAUUACCUUUGGUCUGACAGCUCCUAAGAUUCCAUCAAGUUUAUUCAAAACUGGGUGAACACUGCUCUAAAUUGCUUCAAACUUUUACAUUCAUUAUGGGGCUCUAACUCCACCAGGACAACGAUGUGGCGAUUCAGCAUCUCAUUGUGCAAGGUGCAACUGGAAGACACUUGUUGCAGCAGUAAUGCACAUUCAGUUUUAUUCUGUUUGUCUUGAUUGCCCCAGUUCAUUUUGUAGUUGCUAACAGUCUCUUUUCCCCAUUAAAUCAGAAAAGUGAAAUCCUUAUACAUAGAAAAGUGUAUAUUUCUUCAUUUUACCAAAAUGAUUCAACCUAUUUGUAGAAGUUUCAUUUGUUCUUUUAGAGAUUACCGAAAGAUUCCAUUUUUUUAGAAGAAAUAAAAAGUUUCAUAUUCUUAUGAAUGUAUGAAGACUUGAUUGUCA